AUGUUGGCACCUUCGGAAACUCAACUUUUAGAUAUUAUUCAAAAAAUUGCAAUCGUUAGUAAUGUCGAAGUUACUGCAAAGAAGGUUGAUAAAAUUCUCUUAGAUGGACUCAACAACUUACAUAUAAUUUGCGAUUUCGAUGCAACGAUGACACGGUAUUACAAAAAUAAAGACAGAAAAGAACGUAAUCCUGGUUCUCAUUUGAUAUUAUCAUCAAGUUCACGAUUAACCGAUGAAUUUAAAGAAGAGACAAAGUUAUUACUUGAAAAAUAUUAUCCAAUUGAAAUUAAUCCGAAAUUAACAAAAGAACAAAAAAUACCCUAUAUGGUUGAAUGGUGGAAUAAAGCCCAUGAAUUAUUAAUUAAACAACAAAUUAAUAUAGAUGAUUUUGCCACCAUGGUAGAUGAAACUCCAGUUGAAAUGAGAAGUGGUUUAAAAGAAUUGAUUGAUAAAUGUAAAGAGAAAAAAGUACCUUUUCUGAUAUUUUCUGCUGGAAUAGGAAAUGUUAUUGAACAGGUUCUAAUUCGAAAAAAUCUUUACCAUCGAGAAAACAUGCAUAUCGUAUCCAAUCAAAUGAAAUUUAAUCUAGAAACAGGAAUAUGUGAUGAUUUUACGGAACCAACCAUUCACAUAUUUAACAAAUCUGAAAUUGCUGUCAAACAUUCCCCUUACCAUACAACAAUUGAAAAUAGAAGAAAUGUAAUUUUACUUGGAGAUUCCAUUGGAGAUCUACACAUGGCGGAUGGAAUUGAACAUGAUGUUUGUUUAACUAUCGGAUUUUUAAAUCAUGAUGUUGAUAAUUUAUUAAAAUCUUAUUUAGAAAAUUUUGAUGUCGUUGUAAUUGAUGAUGGUCCCAUGGAUGUUGUUAAUAUAAUUCUGCAAGAAAUUGACAUAUCGGAGAAGAAAAUUUAA